CGCACAUGAAGCUACAGGUGCAAGGCUUGCAAGCGCGCUCAUCGGUUGCUUGAGAACCCGUACUUGGCAAAAGUGCCGCAUUGCAACACCAAGGGCACGGCCGACAAAGCCACAGUAUUUGGGGGGGUCUAUUAGAUAAAUGGGCUUAGCCGUGGAUAGGCAACUGGGCAGCGCGGUGACACAAGCUACAGCUCAAUCCCGUUUCAGGCCGCGGACACGCGUAGUAGCUUCGGCGACACAGCCCCAUCAGCAGCAACAGCAACGGCUCAAGGUGGUGCAGGAGAAGGCGUGCGGUUGCGGCGAUGAAGGCGUUUCACGUCGCGGGCUGCUGGCUAGUUCUGCCGCUGCUGCUGCAGCUGGAGUCGUUCUUGCAGGCUCCCUGGGCGUACCAGCGGCCCAGGCCUUUGGAACAGGAGAUCCCCUAAACUACAAAAAGGAGCUGGCGCGUCGCCGUCGGAAGAUCCCAGAGGAGGAGUUCACGGAGGGACCCAUGGGUCUCAAGGUGUACGACAUCCAGGAGGGUGACGGGGCGGAGGCGCAGGUCGGGUCCAGGGUUGCCGUACACUACGACAUCAAGUGGCGCAAUAUUACCUUCAUGACCAGCCGGCAGGGCAUGGGUGUGACCGGCGGCACCCCGCUGGGAUUCGACGUGGGCACUCCGGCGGGGCAGACGGGCGGCACCCUGCCCGGGCUGGACUAUGGUGUCCGAGGCAUGCGGGUGGGCGGUUUGCGGCGCGUGCUGGUGCCCCCGGAACUGGGUUACGGCGACAAGCAGGUUGGUGAGAUCCCGCCCGGCUCCACCCUCACGCUGGACAUCGAGCUGCUGAGCAUCAAGACAAGCCCGCUGGGCUACCGCACCAAGUUGGUGGAGGGCUGAGCGCAGGAGCGUGGGGGGGCCCGCAUGGGCGGCAAUGGAGGUUGGGCUGCUGCUGCUGCAGCUCUCGUGUGCCAUUGUCUAGUCCUGGUUCGUCCGCAUUGCUUUCAGCGCUUUGAAGGAUGGCGUUUAGGUGCGCAGCGAGCAUGUGCUGCUCAGGAAGUGUGUGGGUGUGACGACGACGACCUAGUUACCGGCAGCACCGUUGGCGCCGGUGUGCCAGCAGGUGCCCGAACGAGAAGGAGGCAGCUGCAACAUGGACCGGUAUGCCCCUUUGCACGGGUUAUGGGUGACGGUACAACCCGACCCUGAGUGGUGCGCUUAUGCCUUCGACUAUCGUACUGGGGAUUUGUUGGUGAGCUGAAUGCGGCUCUUGUAAGCAGUAAUAACAGUAACUCCA